UCUCUCUCUAUCUCUACUGUAACCCAACAAGCAUAAAAAGCUCUUCGUUACAGAAGAUAGUUUCAGAGAUAAAGAGAGAAGAAGAACAACAAGUAGUGGUAGAUACAUUUCUGGUAACACAUAUUCAUGCUCUCAGCAGAGGGAGCAAAACACUGUCUUGGAAUACUCCAAAUCUGCUUCUUCUUCUCUCCCCACUCUCUCAUCAUCAUCAUCAACUCCAUUUCUGGUUAUUAUUAUCAACACGAAUCCCUUGAUUCUUGGUGGAAAAGAAUAGUACAAAAUGAAUAGACAAGUAGAGUUUCAUUACAUAAAUACGGGAUUUCCGUAUACAGUCACUGAAAGUUUUAUGAACUUGUUUGAUGGAUUAACAUACAGCCAAGCAGAAUUUUCUUUCCCGGCACCAACACAUGAUCAGGACUUUGCAUAUUGGUCAAUGCAGGCUGGAUCGAACAAAUUUGGCCCAUCUAUUCCUGGAAAUCAAUACUAUGGUUAUGGCCAUCCUUAUGCGGUAAAUGACCUCGUACCUAGAAUGGAUGAAGGCAGGAGAGUUUGGGAGAACUCUUCAGUGGCUAAUCAUGAAGAAGCAGAACCGCUAGUAAUGCAUGUUGGAGAAACUUUUAAUACAAACCUGCAAUCUAGCCCUGAAGAAUGCGUUCGGAGUAAUCAUAAUGCAAGUAGUUCUCAGGUUAUUUGGCAGGACAAUGUUGAUCCAGAUAACAUGACAUAUGAGGAGUUACUAGAUUUAGGAGAAGCUGUUGGAACACAUUGUCGAGGGCUUUCCCAAGAACUUAUUUCAUCUCUUCCAGUCACAAAGUUCAAAUGUGGUCGAUUUUUUUCAAGAAAAAAAUCUCGUGGUGAAAGGUGUGUAAUAUGUCAGAUGGAAUAUAAAAAAGGGGACCGUCAAAUUACUCUUCCAUGCAAACAUGUCUACCAUACAAACUGCGGCUCCAAAUGGCUUAGUAUCAACAAGGCAUGUCCAGUUUGCUAUAAGGAGGUGUUUGGUGAGGAUUCCAAGCACUAAAUCAUAUUACUAACAUGGUGAGAAAAAAAGAUAAAAAGUCAGUUCCUGCAACAAACAAACCAAGCUUCAUCUUCAAAAUUGCCCUUUUUUUCAUCUAGUUUCAUUUUUCUUACUCCAUACAAAAUGAUAGUCGAGGGGCCUCACUUAUUUCUCUCUUUCCUUUUUCCUCCUUUGUUUACACGUUUUUAGUUAGUAGUAGAAUUACAGAAGAACCAUUUUAUGUUUCUUUGUUACACUACAAGAAUGUUAAUAACAAUUUUAGAUAAUCUUUGGCGAGUAAGUGGUUGACAAUAUUCGUAGUAUGGAGGUA